AUGCAAAUCUUUGUGAAGACCCUUACUGGGAAGACUACAGUUCUCAAGGUUGAGUGUACUGACACCAUUAAGGAUGUGAAGGCCAAAAUACAGGAAGGCAUUCCCCCUCACCAGCAAAGGCUGGUCUUUGCAGGCAAGCAGUUGGAAGAUGACCGAACCUUCUCUGACUACAACAUCCAGAAAGAGUCCACCCUUGACCAUGUCCUGGGUCUGAGAGGAGGAAUGCAGAUAUUUGUGAAGACACUCACUGGCAAAACUAUCACCCUUGAGGUUGAGGACAGUGACACGGUGGAGAAUGUGAAAGGCAAAAUCCAGGACAAGGAAGGUAUUCCCCCUGAUCAACAGAGGCUGAUAUUUGCUGGCAAACAGCUAGAAGAUGGUCGCACCCUCUCUGACUACAACAUACAAAAGGAGUCCACCCUCCAUCUUGUCCUGCGGCUGCGAGGUGGUAUGCAGAUAUUUGUGAAGACUUUAACUGGCAAGACCAUAACUCUUGAGGUUGAAGAAAGUGAUGCUAUUGAGAAUGUCAAAGCCAAAAUCCAGGACAAAGAAGGCAUUCCCCCUGAUCAGCAGAGGCUGAUCUUUGCUGGGAAGCAGUUGGAAGAAGGCCGCACCCUCUCUGACUACAACAUUCAGAAGGAGUCCACACUCCAUCUUGUCCUUCGUCUACGAGGUGGCAUGGAGAUUUAUAUAAAGACUCUUACUGGCUUCUGCAUUACUCUUGAGGUUGAGGGCAGUGACACAAUUGAAAUUGUUAAAGCAAAAAUCCAAGACAAGGCAGGUGUUCCCAUUCAUUUACAGAGGCUGAUUUUUGAGAGUAAACAGUUGAUGGAUCGCUGCGUUUUAUCUUCCUGCAACAUACACGACCAAUCUACCAUUCAACUUGUGCUCCGUUUGUUGGGCGGCAUGCAAAUCUUUGUCAAGACCCUCACUGGCAAAACCAUCACCCUUCAGGUUCAUGCCAAUGACACCAUUGAUAAUAUCAAGGCUCAAAUUCGUGAAAAGGAGGGCACUCCCCGAGACCAACAGAGGUUGAUAUUUGGCGGUAAACAACUGGAAGAUGAUCGUACCCUCUCUGAUUACAACAUCCGAAAAGAGUCCACCCUCCACCUUGUACUGCGCCUGAAAGGUGGAAUGCAAAUCUUUGGGAAGUCCAUAACUGGCAAAACAUUCCCCCUUGAUGUUGAGCCAAGGGAUUGUGUUGAGAAUCUGAAAGUCAAAAUCCAAGAUAUUGAAGGUAUUCCCUCUGGUCUGCAGAAGCUGAUCUUUCCUGAGCAACAGUUGGAAAAUGGCUGCACCCUCUCUGACAGCCACAUCCAAAAGGAGGUGACACUUCAUCUUGUUUUACAUAUAGGGGAGGGCAAUCAAAUCUUUGUGAAGACUUUAACGGGUAAAACCAUCACUCUUAAGGUUGAACCUAGUGACACAGUCGAGGAUGUGAAGAUCAGAAUCCAGGACAAAGAAGGCAUUCCCCCUGAUCAACAAAGCCUGAUCUUUGCUGGACAGCAACUGGAAGACGGCCGUACCCUCUCUGACUACACCAUCCAAAGGGAGGCAAUGCUCCAUCUUGUCCUGCGUCUCCGGGGUGGUAUGCAGAUAUUUGUAAAGACUUUGACUGGUAAAACCGUUACUCUUGAGGUUGAAUCUAAUGAUACAGUUGAGAAUGUCAAGACCAAAAUUCAGGACAAAGAAGGCAUCCCACCUGAUCAACAAAGGCUGAUCUUCGCUGGAAAACAACUGGAAGAUGGUCAUACUCUUUCUGACUAUAACAUCCAGAAGGAGGCUACACUUCAUCUUGUCCUGCGUCUAAGAGGUGGAAUGCAGAUCUUUGUAAAAACUUUGACCGGUAAGACCAUCACACUUGAGGUUGAGUCUAGUGAUACGAUUGAGAAUGUAAAGACCAAAAUCCAGGACAAAGAAGGCAUUCCCCCUGACCAACAAAGACUGAUAUUUGCUGGAAAGCAACUGGAAGAGGGUCGUACUCUAUCUGACUACAACAUCCAAAAGGAAGCUACACUUCAUCUUGUCCUGCGUCUACGAGGAGGCAUGCAAAUCUUUGUGAAGACUUUGACUGGUAAAACAGUCACUCUUGAGGUUGACGAGAGUGAUACAAUUGAGAAGGUUAAGACCAAAAUCCAGGACAAAGAAGGCAUUCCACCUGACCAACAAAGACUGAUCUACGCCGGAAAGCAACUGGCAAAAUAUCGUACUCUCGCUGAUUACAGCAUCCAAAAGGAAGCUACACUUCAUCUUGUCCUGCGUGUACGGGGAGGCAUGCAAAUAUUUGUCAAGACAUUGACAGGUAAAACUGUGACUCUUGAGGUUGAGGAUAGUGAUACUGUUGAGAAUGUCAAGACAAAAAUCCAGGACAAAGAAGGAAUUCCCCCUGAUCAACAAAGGCUUAUCUUUGCUGGAAAGCAACUGGAAGAUGGCCGUACCCUUUCUGACUACAAUAUCCAGAAGGAGUCCACCCUUCACCUUGUCUUGCGGUUACGUGGUGGCAUGCAGAUCUUUGUCAAGACGCUCACUGGAAAAACCAUCACCCUUGAGGUCGAGGACAGCGACACGGUUGAAAAUGUGAAAGUCAAAAUCCAGGAUAAGGAAGGCAUUCCCCCUGAUCAACAAAGGUUGAUAUUUGCUGGAAAGCAAUUAGAUGAUGGCCGCACUCUCUCUGACUACAACAUACAAAAGGAGUCUACUCUUCAUCUUGUCUUGCGUCUAAGAGGUGGGCACUAA